GGUUCAGACUUUUGAAAAAGCAAAAGCAAAACAGUCACCCCCCUCCUUUCCUCGCGUCUUCCCUCCCUGUCGCUUCUGAGCCUGGAGCCCCAAGUAGAUCCCGCAUCAUUGGUUUCGUUUCCUGAGCACUCCACGUUUUGAGCUAUUCAUAUUCUCUUAAGGGCAAGGGUCACGAGAGUGAUGUCACGGUCAUGUGACUGCUGCCUAUAGUUCACUUCCUCUCCUGCUCUGGUCCUAACGUUCUGGAAAGCUGUGUACCCUGCCUCCAGCUCACCUGAACCGAGACCUGAGCAGAAAGAUCUGUGCCCAUGGCUGACGCCGAACGCCUCCCCUCCCUUGACGGGAACCCGGUGGCUGCAGAAACCUUGCUCCGAGAUGUGUUUGGGAUUGUUGUGGAUGAGGUCAUUCGGAAAGGGACCUGCGCCUCUGAGAAGGUCUGUGAGUGGAAGGAGCCGGAGGAGCUGAAGCAGCUGUUGGACUUGGAGCUGCGGAGCCAGGGGGAGUCGCAGGAGCAGAUCCUGGAGCGCUGCCGCGCUGUGAUCCACUACAGUGUGAAGACCUGUCACCCUCGCUUCUUCAACCAGCUCUUCUCGGGGUUGGACCCCCAUGCUCUGGCUGGGCGGAUUGUCACCGAGAGCCUCAACACCAGCCAGUACACGUAUGAAAUCGCCCCCGUGUUUGUGCUCAUGGAAGAAGAGGUGCUGAGGAAACUCCGGGCCCUGGUGGGCUGGAGCUCUGGAGAUGGGGUCUUCUGCCCUGGUGGCUCCAUCUCCAACAUGUAUGCCAUGAACCUGGCUCGCUAUCAGCGCUAUCCGGAUUGCAAGCAGAGAGGCCUCCGGGCACUGCCGCCGCUUGCCCUUUUCACAUCACAGGAGUGUCAUUACUCCAUCAAGAAGAGCGCCGCUUUUCUGGGACUUGGCACCGACAGUGUCCGAGUGGUCAAGGCAGAUGAGAGAGGGAAAAUGAUCCCUGAGGAUCUGGAGAGGCAGAUUAGCCUGGCUGAGGCUGAGGGUGCUGUGCCUUUCUUGGUCACUGCCACCUCUGGCACUACCGUGCUGGGCGCCUUUGAUCCUCUGGAUGCAAUUGCUGAUGUGUGCCAGCGUCAUGGGCUGUGGCUGCACGUGGAUGCUGCCUGGGGUGGAAGCGUCCUGCUGUCGAAGACACAUAGACAUCUCCUGGCUGGGAUCCAGAGGGCAGAUUCUGUGGCCUGGAAUCCCCACAAGCUCCUCACAGCAGGCCUGCAGUGCUCAGCUCUUCUUCUUCGGGAUACCUCGAACCUGCUCAAGCACUGCCAUGGGUCCCAGGCCAGCUACCUCUUCCAGCAAGACAAGUUCUAUGAUGUGGCUCUAGACACGGGAGACAAGGUGGUACAGUGUGGCCGACGUGUGGACUGUCUGAAGCUGUGGCUCAUGUGGAAAGCACAGGGCGGGCAAGGGCUGGAGCAGCGUGUGGACCAGGCCUUUGCCCUUGCCCGGUACCUGGUGGAGGAGGUGAAGAAGAGGGAAGGAUUUGAGCUGGUCAUGGAGCCUGAAUUUGUCAAUGUUUGCUUCUGGUUUGUGCCUCCCAGCCUGCGAGGGAAACAGGACAGUCCAGAUUACAGUGAGAGGCUGGCUAAGGUGGCCCCAAUUCUCAAGGAGCGCAUGGUGAAGAAGGGCUCCAUGAUGAUUGGCUACCAGCCCCAUGGCGCCCGGGGCAACUUUUUCCGAGUGGUGGUGGCCAACCCUGCCCAAACCCAGGCCGACUUGGAUUUCCUCCUCAACGAGCUGGAGCGGCUAGGCCAGGACCUCUGAGCCCCUCCUUCUCCCUGCUGGUCCUGACAGUCUCCUGCCCUGUGUUCGCCAGACCAAACUUUUCAGGAAACAAAGUGACCUUCGUAAUGUUUUUUUAUGCUUUGAUCUACUAACUCUCCUAACAAAUAUUCGAUUUUAGGAAAAUGUUUAAAUAUACUGUAUCCAUAUGAUGGAAUGUUAUUCUGCCAUCAAAAUUAUGUUUACAAAGAGGAUUUUUAUUAACAGGAGAAAAAUAAUUUUAAUAGCCUGUUGAAAAAGCUAGAUAUAAAACUAUAUAGAGUAUAGUUAUUUGAAUACAGCUGACCUGUAUUCAGAAAUACACGGGAAAAGGCAGAGGACCUGAAAUAUGCCAAAAUGUUAAUAGUGUUCCCUGGGAUAGGAUGGUGGGCAGCUUUAACAUUGACUUCUUAAUGCCCUUUGUGCGUCCCUCUUUUGUUAUACAAUGGAUUUUCAUUGAUUUUAUAAUAGCAAAAUAAUAAAGUUAAGUGUU